GAAGCGGCAUGUCCGUCCCACGCGGUGCGGGGGGCAUUUGGCCGCCGCUCGCCUCCGCUGCGGGUCCCUAGCCCUACAGCCCGCAUGUCUCAGGAGUGGCCGCCCGCCCCGCCGGGGAACCUGAACGAGCUGCCCGACCAGUCCCCGCUGGUGGGAGCCGCCGUGACCGCGCUGCGGCGCCGAGCCGAGGCUGACCGCAGCCAGCACUGGCCGCUCGCUCUCACCGACUCCUUCCUGCUCAGGUUCCUGCGAGCCCGAGACUUCGACCUGGCCCUGGCUUGGAAGUUAUUGAAGAACUAUCACAAGUGGAGAGCUGAGUGCCCAGAAUUAAGUGCAAAUUUACAGCCUUCCUCUAUUCUUAAGCUCCUGCAUGCUGGUUACCAUGGAGUCCUGAGAUCAAGGGACCCAGGUGGCAGCAAAGUUCUUAUUUAUAGAAUUGGACAAUGGGAUCCAAAGAUGUUUACAGCAUAUGAUGUGUUUCGUGUAAGUCUUAUCACAUCAGAGCUUAUUGUAAAAGAGAGAGAGACACAACGGAAUGGAGUCAAGGCUAUUUUUGAUCUUCAAGGGUGGCGAUUUGCUCAUGCAUUUCAAAUCAGUCCAACAGUGGCCAAGAGGAUUGCUGCCGUGCUCACAGAUUCCUUUCCACUAAAAGUUCGUGGCAUCCACUUGAUUAAUGAGCCUUUAUUCUUCCACCCGGUCUUCGCUCUAAUUAAGCCCUUUCUCACUGACAAAAUAAAGGAACGGGUGUAUAUGCAUGGGAGUAAUUACAUACAGAGUCUGACGCAACACUUCCCAGCCAGCAUUCUCCCACAGGAAUAUGGUGGCGAGGAUGUCUCCAUUGAAGACCUUUCCCAAGAGUGGACUGACUUCAUAAUGGAAUCUGCAGAUUACCUUCAGAGUAUUUCUCUGGUUUUCCAGUGAAGCAACCACAUUAAAAAGUAACAUCUCAGUAUCGAGGCAAUUCAUUAAAACAGAGAGCUGCGGUUAAUUCCUGGUAUUAUGACUGCAAGCAGAAUGAACUUCAAUCUAAAAUUUGUCAUUUAGUUUUGACAUUACUUUAAAUGGACCAGUGUAAAACUUCUGGUAGAUCAUUGUUGAGGGAAGAAAUGCCCCAUUUGCUGCAUUUUUAUAUUUGCUUGAAGAGGAGAUCAAGUAGUAGUUGCAUCUCAGAACUAACGGAGAGAAUCAUGAGUUUGAUAUUUAGAGGGAUAAUAUGCAAUACUGUUUGUAACAGAUUAUAUAUGUGCCCAAAGGCUGGAUAGUACUGCAUGUAUGAUACUGCAGAGAACAAUAUUCCACUAGAUAUGUUCUCAUGGAGCUCCAAUCUGUGAGGACUCAAUACAAACUAUAUGCUCAGCUCUUGCAUUGUAGCUGCUCAAGUUGAUGUGCUGACAUAAAGAGCCAAAUGAUUUUGAGAGCUGCAGGGCAAGUCUGAUGUGGAGUUACAGUCGUUUGGCUUGGAAGCAUGUUUGUACAAAGUAGUGAUUUUCUUAGGCUUAAUGUUAGCAGGGAAUGGGGCUGGUCUUUGGAUUGAUUCUCAGGGAAAUGGAUUUCCAGUCAAUUCGUGAAGCUGAGCUUGCACUUUGGAUGAAAACUGGUCAGCAAUGGUGGAACAUUGAUGUGCCAGAUGCUGCUAUGAGCAGCACAUAUCCAUGUGGGCAUUUAAGAUCGUAAGCUGCUCACAUUGUAAAGGGACAUUCAACUUGGAAACUAUUAAAAGAUAAUGUGAAUCACAAAGAGGAGAGGGGUAAAUGGAUUAACUUAACUUUGAAAAAUGAUUUUUCUUCCCCUGGCAACAGAUGUUCUGUUUAGAUAAAUUUCAAGGCAGCUCCUGUGAGGUGCCAAACACCCUUAACUCCUACUGAAGUCCUGUAGAAGUAAAGGGUGCUUAGCAACGCCCAGGACUGGGCUCUUUGUUUGAGGGGAAGAAAGUAGGUCUGGCUUCAUGGACUUGAACAGGGAAAUAAACUUGUCAUGUGGUUUCAGUAUUCUCACUGAAUACUGCUGCUGCGAGAUGCCAAGCACCUUCCUUUUUAUUCCAAGAGAUGCUAAAGGUAUUUAACAUCUCCUUUGCCUGGUCAUUUUGCUAGGCGCUGGCAGAAAUUUUUUGACUUAAAAGUAUUUGAUGUUGACCCCGAUUUCUCUUUAGCCAUUACAGGCAAUUGAAAACUUUCCCGAUGUCUUUACUAAAAGGAGUUCUUAAAGGGACACAACCAGAUACAAAUUAUACCUUUUAACAAAAUGAUAUAUUGUUCUUACCUGUGUUAUACAGCAAUAAUAUAGAUUAUUUAAACUGAAAGGAUUUAAACAAUGAAUGUACUUUGAUUUUUUUUUUUUUUUUUUUUUUUUUUUUUUUUAGCAGACUAACUUCCUAGCUCUUAUUUCUUAUGGUUUUUGACAAGGCAGGAAUUGUUUGACAUUAAACAUUGUAUUAAACAGCUCUUAAUGAUUCCUUAUGGACCCUAAUGUUAAAGCAUUUAUAAGAACAAUGUCUUUUGUAAAGUUGACUCAAAUGUUUAUUUUCCUUCUCCUGGAAUCAUCAGUAGAUUUGAUAUUUUAUACGAACUUGCUAUUUAAAAUGAAGAGGAAGGGAGAAACUAAGAGUACCCUAUUAACAGAUUAUUAAAGUCUUCUGUAAGAUUAGAUGAUCAAUGGUACUGCUCAGGCUGCUUCAGCAGCAGCAAGAGCACUCUUAAAAGGUAGUUGUGGUGGUGUCAAUGCCAAUGAACAGAAUCAUUUUAAAACUACAAAGCCAACAUGGAAAUAAGAAUCUGUUUCCUCACCCCCAGUGCACAAUUUUUCUUGUUCUCCUGGACACCUUUGAUCUAUAGUUGAUAAGUUUUAAAACAUCUUAACCUUCAAAUUGUGAUCAAAAGAAUUUGUCAUUAUACUUUCUUGUCAGAGGUUCAGCUUGCGGCCUGAUACGAUAAUAGCCUCAGGGAAAGGAACUUUGGAAAGAUAUUUCUUCUUGUUUAUAGGCAAACAGAAGAAUUACCACACUUGGCAACUUGUACAGUGCACAGCUACACUAAGCUACACAGCUCAAAUUUUAAACUGCUGGGAAAAGUUUUUCUAAUGAGAAUUGGAAGCUGAUGCUCUUUAGUAUAUUGCUUGAAUUUUAGAUCUUUGGAAAGAAACUCCAUCAAGAAAUUGUUUGAAUUAACUGAAAAUGUAGCACUUUCCUAUGAAAACAAAACUUUGUAUUGUAGCUAUUUUACCUGGCAGAAACAAAAUCUAUUCUCAGUUAUAAAUAUUCAGCCCUGCUUACUUCAUUUGGGUCGCAUGCCUGGAAAUGAAAGUAAAAUUUGGCUUUGAGAGGUGCUGGGCUUUGGUUUUGUUUAACACUAGAGUGCUGAACUAAAAUUGUAACCAUUCAGUUAAAAAAAACACCCCAAACUCAUGUUAAAUGGUAUUGCGAAUGCAUUUCAGGUAUUGGCACCUCUACUGUGGUGCGGGUGUGAUUUACUUUUCUCAUGGGACUCUUAUUUGGUUUUUAAUGAUUAUGCCUAUUUUAUCACAACAGAGUGAACUGUACUUAGGAGUAAUUUGAUUUGGGUCUUACCUCACCAGUGAGUUUUGUAAGAUGGGUGGAAGGGCUAUUAUUUUACACCCACAGAAGGAAGAGGAGGAACUUUGAAUUGCCAAGUACACAUAUCUUCUUCCACUGUGAUUGAAGCAGGAGUGCCUCUUUAAAAUACUAGCUUUCUAUAAAAUGCUGAUGCAAAUAUAAUUUGCUACUGACUGUCAGCACACUGUAAAGUAAAUUCUUUUUAUAAUUUUGUACAUCUUAUAAUACCUUUGUAUUAAAAAAGAAGUAAACUUAAUAUAACAUUCUA